AUGUUGUUGCUGGCCAAGUAUCUCCUCUUGUCCUCCACAGUGUUACAUGCCCAACCAUCACUACAUCAGAUGCCGAGGUUUGAGUUUGUGGAAGUUGGGAGCAGAGCAAGGAUCUCAUGCACUUCUGAAUUCAACAUCAAAGCUGAAGGAUCAUCAUUCAGCUGGUACAGAAGAAGAAAGGAUGAGAUUUCCCUUUUAAUGGACAGUUGCAAGGAUGGUGAUACUGACGGCAAAUUUGCUUGCAAAGUGGAAGGACACAAGCUGACAUUGGAAAUCUCCAAUUCUCAGCCUGCUGAUUCUGGCCUAUAUUUCUGUGCUCAGGGAAUCCGGAAUUUGUUUUUCAGCAGUGGGACCACUUCACUGAUUGUUGGAGACAGUUACACCCCGAGCACCCGGGUGAUGCUUUUGCUCCCAUCUGCUCAUCCAACAUCCAAGUCUGUGCAGAGUGACCGUCUUGCUUGCGUGGUCCAUGGAGCAUCCAACUUGGUCCAGGUGUCCUGGAGCAUCUCUGGAGAUCUUUGGGAAGAGGAACAGACGUUUUUGGCGAAAACCAGCAGCGGCUCCUUAACCUUCAUCAGUCUCCCUUCUCUUCCCAUGGACGCACAGAUGAGUGAGAAAAGCUACACAUGUGAAGUCAGGUUCAACUCUUCCAACACCACAGUGAAAAAGAACGUCAGUUUCCCUACAGCUUCCUCUGCAGACCUGAAGGAGAAUUGCCUGAACUACGCAGUACCUGUGGCUGUCCUGGGCGUCUCGGCCUCCCUGCUGCUUCUCCUGAGCUGUCUGUGGUCUCAGCUCUGUCCUUCCGGGCCAGCUUCACCUGCAGGAGCCAAUCACAACUUCCUGAGCAAUAAAGUGCCUCCAACUGCCAGGGCCAUGUGGAUGUUGCUGCUGCUUCUUCUUGUGAGUUGCCUUUGGAUCCGGCUGUACUUCCAUCCCAACUGAGUUUGCAUCAAAGAAUCAGGACAGGAACAAGAGGAGUCAUGCAUUGCAAGGGAAACAUCGAUAGAUUGGGAGGACCUCUGAAAAGCCAGGAGACAGUCAAACGGUAGAUGAUUCUUGGGAUUGAAAGCAGAGUGGAUCAGACAGAAGAAGGCCAGUUCACCACCACCACCACACACACACACACACACACACACACACACACACAAACCAUAGUAGAUUCAGCUUGGUCAUUAAAGUAAGUUAGAAAAUAAGGCCAUGGAUGCCAUUAGUACAGAAAAAGUCGUGCUUAAUGCAAGCUUCAACAUUUAGCAUGUUCAAAGAUGAUAAACUCUGGACUUUGCUUUUCUUCUUUGUGUCCUUUCUUCUGUUAAAAGCAAUAAGAACUUUUGCCAACUGGCUGCAUCCAUCCCUUUGACCCACAUCUUCGUUCCUGUGACGGGCUUCUGCAUAAUCAGUCUGGAAGAGAAGAGGGAAGGGAAGAAAAAGUUUCUUCCACUUUCCAAAAGAUGCAGUGUUUGCUCACCUGGACCCCAUUUCACCACAGGUGAUCAGGCAACUGGCCAUUGACUAGCCUCUUAAUGGAGCAUCGUCCAAAGGUUUAUCCAUAAGCGUGCUCUACCACAGUCCCCUAUCACCUGUAGCCUCCUCCCCUCUCACUGCCACUUCUUUCCCCCAAGACCACUUGCUGGACCUGCUUCAUCCUACCUCUCUCUUGGGCUCACCUUACAACACCAGCCACGUCCUAUUAUUCCAGGUACUAGUUUCCCAAGGAAUUUGGACUCAUUUCUUCCAAGCCCUUUGGGCGUCCUGCGCAUCUUUUUGAAACCUGAGUAGUGUGUGUGUGUGUGGAGCGGAUGCUGUUAGCUGUGGGAUCUGCCCCAUGGGAAUUGGAGUAGCUGGCUUCUCUGCAUUUCCUCUGGGGAGAAAAAGGGGGGGGGUGAAGAAGGCAGACUACGUUACUCUAGAGCAAGGGCUGGGAUAUAACACCAUUCACCUUACAGCAAACACAUGGCCUUUGGCCAGAUGCUUUCUGAAGAUGAAGACCUUGGCUGUGACCAACAGGAGGGUGACAAUACAGGGUAGCCCAAAAGGGGGGGGGGUGCGGUUUCUGUAGAAAGAGGAGGAGAGGGGGAAGGAGAAAGAGCAACUAAAGCAGCCAGAAGGUCCACCGAGGGUGGAGCAGAAAGUUCCCAGGGGCUUCAUGAUGCUUAAUUUACUAUUAAUGCUCCCUUCGCUCGAUGUGGCUGAAGGCCUCCAUCUGGGAUGCUUCCUGUCCCGGGAAGGGGCGGGAGAUUCCAAGAAGGAGGUGGGUGGGGCCUUCUCCUCUCUGCCUUCCGUUCUCACACAGCCUUCUUCCCACUUCAUUCCAUAUCUCUGCCACCAAAAUCGCCCUCAUUGGCUC